CAUUCGUGCGUCGUGGACACAAGCGAAUUGUUGCAGCUCCUCUGUGCACGUGGCUACAGAUGUUCAAUGUGUGUGCGCGUAUAUGUAUGUGUUUAAUUGUGUGUGUGUAUGUGUGUCUGCGAGUGCGGAUUAUAGUUACCAAGCGCGUGCUGUUUGUGCAAUAAAUAAUAAAUAAAUAUUUAUCCUGUGCUGACCUUUGUAUAACAAAAUGAAAGCCAAGCCCAGAGCAAUAGCAAAUACUGAAUAAAAAAUAAAAAAUAUUAAUCAGAUUUCAAUCAUAAAUGGAUAAUCAAAAAAAAAAAAAAAAACCAAAUACAUAAUCACAACACUUAUCAAAGUGCCAAUUUAAUCGUAUGUUAAAGUUAAUUGUGUCUGCAAAUGCCAACGAAGAAAUUAGCAACAAAAGCCUGGUAGUACAAUCAAAGCUAAAUUCCUUCAAAACGGUUUCCAAAUUUAUGUGAGCAAUUGUGUUUGUGAACGUGUGAUUGAGAGCUUAGCUAAACCAGCAAAAAAAAAAGUGAAAAAUAAAAAAAAAGAGAGAAAAACAAAUGAAAAUGCCAACAUAAGGAAUACGUUCGUUUAAAAGAAAAGGAUUUUUACUGCUUUUGCCAAGGCCACAGACAAAGGACGGACAUUGAUAAAAAUCAACAACAGCAGCCAGUCAUAGCCGAGGAUUAUUAUCAAAAGCAUCGAGCAACAACAACAAAAACAACAACUGCUGAUGCCACUGUUUGGCCAUAAAAUAAAAGCACUGGCGUCAGCAAUGCCUAUCAGAAGCAGAAGUGAGAGCGAUAUAGCAUACGCGUCUAUAUAAAUUUUAACAAGUUAAAUACAAAACACCUGGAGGAUGGUUGCUCUGCACAUGGAUGCCAUCACAACAUUGGACUAUAGAUAGUCUAUUCAAAGAAGUCGUACAUUCAGCAGCAACAGACAAUCUUGAAGUAUUUGUGCACUUGACGUCAGAAGGACAGAGAGAACUUGCUGACCAUGUGGCGAUGUCGCCAUCAGCUCAAGCUGCGAGUGCUUCUAUGGGCCUGCCUACUGGGCUGGCUUGGCAUUGCGAGUGCGUCGACAAAAGACUUGUAUUCAGGUGCUCGACUGGGGCAUCGCAUUGUGCAAACGCGUUAUGGACGCUUACAUGGUCUCAUUUUGCCAUUGGAUAACUUUCGAUUUUUGCGUUCGGUGGAAGUGUUCCUCGGUGUGCCCUAUGCAACGCCGCCAACCAAGCAAAAUCGUUUUAGCCCAACACGCGCACCAGCGCCUUGGGAAGGGAUACGCAUCUCGGACACCUACAGUCCUGUUUGUCCGCAGCGUUUACCCAAUAUACAAAACGAGACAGCCGCAUUAGAGAAGAUGCCAAAAGGCCGCUUAGAAUACUUGAAAAGAUUAUUGCCAUUUCUUGAGAAUCAAUCGGAGGAUUGUUUGUAUCUAAACAUAUUUUCACCAGUCAAUGCUGGCGCUAAUGAGAAGAAAUUACCCGUCAUUGUCUUCAUACACGGAGAGUCUUUUGAGUGGAGCAGCGGCAAUCCAUAUGAUGGCUCUGUGCUUGCCAGCUAUGGGGAAGUGGUUGUAGUUACGCUUAACUAUCGUCUAGGCAUUUUAGGAUUUCUUAAUGCGAAUCCCAGUCCACAUGUCCACGCACGUGUGGCUAAUUAUGGUCUGAUGGAUCAGAUGGCAGCACUGCAUUGGAUACAGCAGAACAUUCAAAAGUUUGGUGGUGAUCCAAAUGUUGUGACCCUGGCGGGACAUGGAACAGGCGCUGCCUGUAUUAAUUAUCUGAUGACCUCACCUACAAUGGUGCGCGGUCUCUUUCAUCGAGCCAUUCUUAUGUCCGGAUCGGCCUAUUCCUCAUGGGCUCUGGUCGAUGAUCCAGUGCUGUUCGCCAUUAAACUGGCCAAAGAGGUUAAUUGUACCAUACCCGAAGAUUUGAACAGGCAUCACGAGCAGAUCGUAGAUUGCCUUAGAGAAGUGCCACUGGAAGAUCUCUAUGGAGCUGAUAUUCAAGCACCAAAUUUUCUUACAUCAUUCGGACCAUCGGUUGAUGGCGUUGUCAUACGACCCGGACAUUCCAAUCUCGAUAUCGAUGAUUUAAUGACGCGCAACUCAAAGCGUUCAUCAGAUGGCUCCCAGUCAGCCGGUGGCAAUGGCGGUGGCUCUGGUUCUGGGUCAGCGUUUAGUAGCAGCUCUGGCUACUUUGGAGGUUCGGCAUCAACGGCAAACAUGGGCGGACACUACGAUGUACUCUUUGGCGUUGUCACUGGUGAAUCGAUUUGGCGAUUCAGCGCUCACGAUAUACAAAAUGGAUUCGAGGGCGAAAGACGGGAUAAAAUUAUACGCACUUAUGUGCGCAACGCUUACAAUUACCACCUCAAUGAGAUAUUCUAUACGAUUGUGAACGAGUACACGGACUGGGACCGCACAUCACAGCAUCCGAUAAACACACGUGACACGGCGGUGGCAGCGCUAUCCGAUGCUCAGUUCGUGGCACCCAUAGUACGCGCCGGGGACAUAUUGGCUGCCCAAUCGCCGCCACCCGUCAGCUCAUCGACUCCCAGCGGAGCUGGCAACGUAGCCGCCUCCACAUUGGCUGCCUCAACACAGCCAUCGGGUCGCUGCUAUUUCUAUGUGUUCGACUAUCAGACCAAGGAUGGCGACUACCCGCAACGCAUGGGGACUGUGCACGGUGAGGAUUUGCCUUACAUAUUCGGAGCACCGCUUGUGGAUGGUUUCAGUCAUUUUCCUCAAAACUAUACAAAGUCCGAGACGGCGCUGUCUGAGGCAGUGAUGAUCUACUGGACGAAUUUCGCGCGCACCGGCAAUCCCAACGAACAUCAUCGACAGGACUCAGUGCUGCCGGUUUCAAAGGAACGCAAUCGUUUUCGCAGCAUCACCUGGGAAAAUUAUGAUCCGUUGCAUCAAAAAUAUUUGGAAAUAGGCAUGAAACCGCGCAUUAAGAAUCACUUUCGAGCUCACCAACUCUCGAUUUGGCUGCGUUUAAUACCCGAGCUACAUCGCGCCGGCAUGGAGGAUGUGAUAGCCCGACACAAUCUAUUUCGCAAUCACGACGAUAUGGAAUUGUACGAGGGACCCGUUAAGCCAGAUCCAUUUGGUUUGUCAGCUGCCGGCACAACAACAACAUCCUCUUCCUCAUCGUCGUCGCCGUCGUCGCGUCUUCUGUUUAUCGAUGAGCAAAUGAUGGUGAAGAAAGGACGGGUACUGAAUGCCUCAGCCUAUUUGAAUGGCAUCCUCGGUGUGAGCACCGUGGAGCCCAACAACAUGUAUACGACAUGUAUACCAAUUGGUGGCAAUUAUACGGGCAACGGCGGUGGCGUUUUUGCGCCAACAACCCUGGCGAACGCCUCAACGGACACACUGGCUUCCGGUUUCGAGGCAGCCGGAUAUGCGGCCUACUCAACGGCUCUGAGCGUAACGAUUGCCAUCGGUUGCAGUCUGCUCAUAUUGAAUGUGCUGAUAUUCGCCGGUGUCUACUAUCAGCGCGACAAGACACGGCUGGAGGUGAAGACACUGCAGAAGCAGUACCAGCAGCGGGGCAUGCAUCAGCAGGUGCCGUAUCCGCCGGAGCCCAUAAAGCAUGCCCACUAUCACAUGGGACACUCGCAGAGCUCCAAUGUGAUUGUCGAUGUGGAGAGCCAUGGCCAGGACACGGCGGGUCAGGCAGCAAUGCUGUUGCAAGCGGCUGCCGCUGCCGCUGCUGCAGCCAACGAGGCAUCCAAGCCGCCGCCUCCUCACAUAUGCGCCAACACGGGGAUGCAAUUGACUAGCCAGCAACAGCAACAGCAGCAGCAGCAGUCAACAAGUCAGCAGGAUGGCACAAAAAUGGUCGACAACUUGGCCAAUGUCACCUACAGCACCAGCAGCAAACAACAGCAGCAGCAGCAACACCAACAACACCAGCAGCAUCAACAACAACAACAGCAGCAGCAACGUGAACAUAUGCAAAUCAAGAGCAUGAGUGUUGCAGGCGGGACACAGACCUUUGGUCGUGGUGGCAACGCUGGCAACAACAGCGGCGCUAAUGUGCCAGGCAAUGCUGUCGGAGUUGGGGUUGGGGUCGGAGUCGGAGGUGGAGGCGCCUCGGUUGUUGUAUCGGGCAACAGUGUUAGCUACAAUCCGGGCCUAAUGACUUUGCCGAAGGCAAGCCAAUUGCAUCAUGCAGCAACUUUGAAUUAUGCCCGCAACACGGCCGCAUUGAAUCUGGCUGGCGGUGGCACCGCACUUGUGGACAGCCGCGGCAAUGUGCUGUUAACCAGCACAGCAACUGGCGGCAACAGCAACGUCGUCGGUGGCGGGGGCGGCGGUGGCGGUGGCGAUUGCAUGACGCUGCCACGCAAUCUCAAUUUAGCUGCAGCCGGGCGACAUAAUCCCACGACAGAACUACAACAAUAUCAGCAGCAGCAACAGCAGCAGCAAGCUGGCAAACAUCAGGGUAAUGGAAGCGUGCUAACUGGCAUGCAGACGCAUCAUAUACGCGGUCCACGGCCACCGUUGCGCACCGCCUCCUCGACGACAACGACAACCAGCAGCAACAGCAACAGCAACAGUAGCAGCAACGCCAACAACAACCCUGGGGCUGUCGUGCUGCUCGAUCAGACGCCAUCGGGUGGCAGCAGCAGCAGCGGCGUCAGCAGUGCACCCAGCUCCUCGAAGGGGCACAUUCAUGCCCAUGCCCAUGGCCACAUGGUGCACGGCCAUGCCGAAAGUCUCGGCAUGAGUUCUACCACAGCUGCUUCACAGCAUCAGCAACAGCAGCAGCAGCAAGUGCCACAGGCAGCCAUCGAUGAGAUGCGCGUCUGAUAGGUAUCGGUCUUUGAGUUGGAUUUAUAGUCAUCAACCGGGUCCAUAGAAACAUUACGUGCUGAAACGCCCGAAGAGUUCUAUGCGCUGAAAGAGGCAACCAAACUGGACGACCACGAUGACAGCCAGCUCAAUGCGGAACACGAAACAACAGGAACUGGAACAGCAGCAGGAACAGUAACAGCAACAACAGCAAGAGGAGGAGGAGGAGGAGUUGGCAGCGAGCAGAAGCUGCAGCUGAAGAAGCUCAAAUUCAGACGCGAGAUGCACGCGUUGGCAAUGGAGGGUGGCGACGUGGCGCGUGGUUAUUGUUCCUGCGAUGAGCAGUGGACAGUGGACUCGUUGUCGUCACCCACAUCCACGUCGACGACCACAUCCACGGCAACAAUGUCGCCCACGCUGGCAACCGGAAGUGCCAACACCAAAUCCGUCGGCAGCAGCAACGGCAACGGCAACGGCAACAGCAACGGAAACGGAAUUGUGAGAAUGGCGGCAUUGAAACAGAGAAACGCUGCGGGAGGCGGAGGCGGAAGCGGAGGAGGAGGGGGAACACGCCUCAAGCAGCAGCAUCAUGUGCGCUUCUCUGACGAGAAGAACUUCUCGGAUUAAUCCGAAAGUACUCGAAAACUACUAGACUGCACCUAAUCUUUGUUUAGAUUUAAGCUACAAAUUUCAUAAGCUAAGUUAACUGGUUACAACAAACGAAGAAAACAAAAAACACAUUCAAUAAAAUAUAAAUAAUAAUUGUGGAAACGAGAUUAAAGUGUUGUUAAGCGAAUCAUAAAAUGUGUAGUUAAACUUUUGUAGAUCAUAAGUCAUGUAAAUACCGAAAAUAAGUAGAACGAACAAAGUGUUUAGUCAAUGUCAGCGUUUAGUUACUAAUCUAGAAUCUGUUGUGAACGAUAUAAGAAUUAUAUAUAUAUACAUGAUAUUUGUCUAUAAGCAUGAUAUAUACAUACAUAUAUCGAUCAUUUACUCGUUUUAAGUGUAGCACAACAUUUUUUCUACCAUUCAGCAAAAAGUAGUUAAUAACAAUAAUAAUAAUAAUAAUGAAAAUACAUUCGAUACGCUGCCCAAACUAAAGAUCCUUCUAAUUAAAUGUGUCGAUAACUUGCUGAGAGAGAAGGAGAUUAGUAAAUACACACGAGUAUAUAUAUAUAUUGGGAUUAUAAUGUGUACAUAAAAUAGUUAAGUGAAAGCCCACAAUCCUCCUUCUAAAACAAACGUGAAAACUAAUUGAAUAAACCGAAUUGAAAAAAGUUAAUCGAAUGCGAAACCUAAACAGAACUCCUAAAAAACAAAAAAUAAACAAU